UUAGCAUUCGAACUGCAUGUGAAGCCGCAACAAACAGCGGAAAGCGUACACCAUAUUAUAGUCACGUUUACAUAUGUACAACCAGAACUCGAUGCCAGAGUCAAGAGAUGAUCCAAGCAGGUGGACACUGCAGGGUCAUCAGGCUGCUCCACACAAUAAUUCGUUCUCAUCGUCCUCCUCCUCGACUAUGACUUUGCCACAGAAUAUAUUCACGAAUCCGGCAAUACAGCCAUCUACCGUCAUCAAUUUAUCGAACUCAACGGAUGUGGUCAUUGGCCCCAUGACGCAGUAUCAAGGACCUGUUAGCAUCUACUACAUGGAUGCUAGCAUGCAAACAGCCGCAGGUGAGUUCCCAGGAAUCAACAGCAGCAACACCAGCCGCAGCAGCAGUAGCAAUAGACAAGACAACGGCAGCUCGGGGCGCGCCAAAUCGCGUCGUCUUACACGCAACAGUUUGCUGCUGGGCGUGCUCGUGCUGCUUGUGCUGAUUACCGCCAUUGUGGUGCUCUAUGUGGAACUCCACCGAUCUCGUGGCGAGCCAGUUAGCAAAGAAAUUUACUUUGGCAACAGCUAUGAGGAUGGCACGUUUCCGAAUCUAGGAAACGGUCAUCUGGUCAUCGAGCGCAAUCAAUGGGGUGCCUCCGACAACACGCAGAAGCUGCAAGUGCCGCUGCCACAUCCCGCGCCCUAUGUCCUCAUCACGCACAUUGGCGUACAGUCCCAGCCCUGCUUCAACAUCUACAAGUGCUCCAUUAAAAUGCGUACCAUACAAGACUCGGCCAUUGCGGAGAAGAACCUACCCGAUAUACAGUCGAACUUUUACGUAUCCGAUGAGGGCAACAUAUAUGUGGGUCGCGGCUGGGACUGGGCUAACACUUAUGCCAAUCACACACUGGCUAUUACCUUUAUGGGCGACUAUGGACGCUUCACGCCCACCACCAAGCAGCUGGAGGGCGUGCAGUUUCUGCUGGCGCACGCUGUGGCCAACCGGAAAUUGGAAGUGGACUACAAGCUGGUGGCACAAAAUCAGACCAAGAGCACGAAAAGUCCAGGCAUAUAUGUGUAUCGAGAAAUAAAGAAGUGGCCGCAUUUCCAUCCCUGCAACAUGGAAGAGGCGGGCAAAUGUGGCAGUGAAUUGGGAAUGACCGCCGCAUCCUGGAAUGGUCAUCAGUAGCGGAUCAUCAUCAUACUCUAGUCUAGUUGUUAAUUAAUGCUCUCUACGCAUAUCUCCUCAAGUAAACCAAAUCAAAAUGGCAGUGCUUGUCGAUAUAUAAUAUAAAUCUUUUAAUUAUAAGUAUACAACUAAAUAUAAACCAGCCAUUACGAUUGUAUUGCU